UGCGCUGAAAAGCUAAAGAACUCAAAACAGCUAGUACAAGUGAAGCUGACAGCAAUGGACCGCUCUCAGAUGUACAUAUCAGAGCCCUUCAAAGUAGCCUAUGGAAAAGUUGGCCAGUCACGAAGAUUCCAGCAACUCAAAAAGAAAAAUGGCUCCAUCAAAAAGAAGGGGAUUGAAAGAUGGCAUAGAGCUGUGUCUACCAACUUAGUAAAACAAAAUGUACUGGUCCCCAAAGAGGAAUCAUCCAGUGAUGGUGACAUGGGGUUUCAUGAAAGCCAGCAAAAUCAGAAAAAAAAUUUGAUGAAGAAAGUGAAAACUGCUUUUGGCAGGAUGCUGUCAUACAAAUACAGAAGCAAGCCAGCAAGUGCCAACAGAGAAGCCUCCACUCACCAUAAGGAAGUCCUCCUCUCAAACACACAGAGCCUUCUUCCCAGAAUGGUCAAGGAGCUUCCAUCUCCCAAGUUAUUUAGCAAACCAAGAAUGAGAAAGCUCUCAGAGAAUGCAACUAUACAACUCGAUGUCGUAGAAGCAGAGACAGAGGAGAUAACACGGGGAAAUACACUCCUCAGGGCCAGGAGAACGACAAAGCGAUUAUCUGUUACAUCUCUUCCUUCAGGACUGCAAAAGGUUCCAUAUUCAUCAAAAAAGAGACCACACUUUCUAGUUCUUAAAAAAAAGAAACAUGGCAUGGGACGCAUCCUCCGAAAAUCAGAUUUGACCGUGGGAAAGCUUCAGAUGCAGGUGGAUGACCUCAUAGAAACAGUGACUGAUAAAUCUAUGAAGUUACUGGCCCAGAGACAUGCUGAGCUUCAACAGUGUGAAUUUCUAGGUGACGAAAUUCUUCAGUCUUCUAAGCAGUUUCAGAGAAUGUCCAAGAGAACCAUGAGGAAAUAUAAACUGAAAAAUGUGUGUUUUCCAUGUACCUGCUGCUGCUUCUGA